AUGAAAUUUCUAGAAUUUGGCAUUGGACGCUUUCUUGUUCGAACGGCCGUCCUAUUUCUCACAACAUCCGUUGCAUCUCUGCUACCGAAUUUCGGGGUUUUCCUUGAUCUGGUGGGGAGCACAUCGAUGACUGCCCUUACGUUGGUUUUUCCGGGGCUAUUUUCUCUUUAUCUCGAAGCAGCCGAAAAACUACGAGAGGAAGCACCACGAAUAAGUGGCUCAUGUGAUGAGGACGACAACACCAUUCCAACUUUAAAACAGCGGUGGUGUGACAUUCGGUGUGAUUUCAACGAUAAACGCACUAGAACAAGCCUCACGAUCUCCAUUGGCUAG